AUGUCCACCCCGAACGAUCUCCAGGCCCUGCUGGCUAGCAUUCGCCCCCGGCCUUCGCCAUCCAAUGCCCCUGGCCAGGAGAACCCUCACUAUCAGCGGCCUCAGCAGCCUUAUCAGCAGCCCUACCCUCAGGGCAUGUUCCCGCCUCACCCCCAGCAGCAGCAGCAGCCAUACGAUGGUCAGAGCUUCCCUCAUCCCCAGCUGCACGGGUAUAACCAUCCCUCGGUCUCCUCUGCUAUCCACAGUCCUUCUCCUCCCCAAAGUGCCAACCCCCGUGCCGAGUGGCAGCAGCAGCCAUACACGCCGCCGCCGCCGCCGCCGCAUCGUCAGCAAAGCAACCAGGAUAGUGCUGCGAGCUUGCUCAGCCUGCUGAGAUUCAGCCAGGGUCCUGCUGCCGUUCCCCAGCCUGCCCCGCCCAUUGCUGUCGAGCAGCCUCGUUCUCCUCCCGUCCAAGAGCCGACCCCGUCGCACGGACGAAACAUUUCCGCGUCAGACUUGGUCGCCUCCCUGUUCGGACAGAAGGCGAUUCCUAAAGCUGCCUCGCCCGCUCCCGCCGUUGCACCGGCCCCAGUGCCCUCUGUUCAGCCUGAGGGUCCCAGUGAGAACACCCAGGACAUGCUACUCCGCCUUCUCAACCGAGCCCAGCCCGGCCCAGCCGUAGUAGAGGCGCCUGCCUUGGUUCCAGCUGCUCAGGCAGUUUCUCCGCAGCAAGUGUCUGGCCAGCCUGUCCUUGAGCAAGGUGACAACGGCAUUCUCAUGGAAGUUGUGGAUACCGACCCCGAGGAGACUGUGAUUCCGGAAACGGUCGCAUCUCCAGCUAAGGAUUCUAUGUUUACCUACGUCAACCCCUUCGACCAGCUGGCUGCCAUCUCUCCUCGUAACAAGUCCCCACAGCCUAAGUCUGACAAUGAGACUCCAGCUGCGGAAGUUACCACGAAGGAGAAGGUCAAUGUCACUGCUACGAUUGAACCCUCUCUUGCUCCUCAAGUGGCACGACCCCCGAAGCGCAACCAGUCCCCUGUCUUGGAACCUGAGCAGCGCAAGGCUAUGAAUGACGUUGUUAGCCGUUUGGUGGGCGAAAUCGGACGCACUGUCAACGGAUCUGACUCCCAGCGUGACGUUGAAUUGGACAUUGAGAUUCCAGCCACCAAGGCUGGAGAGUCUGAAGAUAUUCUCUCCGCGAUCCGGAACCACAUGCGUGAGACAAUUUCCAGAGUCGAAGACAUUCGCGCCGAGGUUGAGAGUCAAGACAUCCAAGCAGUCAGCCAGCCUGAAACUGAUACUGAGCCUGCCAAGGAGAUUGCAACCGACAGUGUCCCGACCCCAGUUGUCCAGAGUGGCAACGAAGCUGUCGAGGCUUUGGCUGAUAGUUGGGAGAGCGCCGAAGAUAGCGCCGAGAAGGACGAGGAGCGCGUGGUAUCGGUUCACAACUUCCCUCUGCGUCCUUUCAUCUCGAUCACCGUGAAGCCAUCUGCUACUAAGCUUGUGGAUUUCCGUGACGAUGGUAUUAUGGAUAUUGCACGUCUAAAGAAGGAGUUUGAUCAGUUGGAUCGUUCGCUGACCGCAGCGACUUCGGAUUAUAUUGUGUAUGCCCUAGCUAAGACUGGCGGUAUCAGAAUCAUUCGCCAGGAUGACGGAAGUGACCGACAGGUCUUCCGUGCUACUCGCGAUCGUGUAUUCAAUGUUGCCCUCUGCACCACUCACACGACGUCUGGCCAGUCCGACGUCCAGGCAAUUCUUGGCAUUGGUGUCAGCGGUGCUGUCUACUGGGCUUUGAUUUCCCGUGCUGGAAAGGAUCUGUUUGAGCUGGAUGCUCUGGAAAGUGAAAGCUUGAUUUUCCCGCCCUUCCCUGCUUCCGACGAGAACACUUCGGGCGGCCAGCUGAAAACGCGGGCCAAGCGAAGCUCUCGUCACCCUGAUCUCUUUGCCAUUGGUCGCGGCAAGAACAUCUACGUGAUCUCUCCCCAGGCGGCCAUGUCCCCCGCCUACGGUGUCGCCGGUUCCCAGCGCACUGUCAACACCGAGAAGUUCUUCAAGGAGCGUGCGUUGAAGAUCUCGACUGGCAAGGCUGGAAAGGACUUUGCCUUCAGUGACGAUGAUACUGUCAUUGCGUCCCUCGACAAGACCGGUCGUCUGCGUUUCUGGGAUAUUAGUGACAUUCUGGAAAAUCCUUCCUUCCUCGAGGGCCAGGCCCCGACGGAAGUCCGGGUGCCUCUCAACACCUUCGUCACCGGCUCGCCUGCUGAGAAGUCUUGGCCUACUUCGGUGCUGUUCCUCGACAAGCUUCGCCCUUACUCGCGCGGUAUGGCGCUGCGGUACGUUCUGGUCGGUCUCAAGCAGAACCACACCUUGCAGCUCUGGGAUAUUGGGCUAGGCAAGGCUGUGGAGGAGAUCAAGUUCCCUCACGAGAACGAGUCGGACGCCAUCUGCAGCGUCGCAUACCACCCUUCAUCUGGAAUCAUUGUUGUUGGACACCCUACGCGCAACUCGAUCUAUUUCGUGCAUCUGUCCGCUCCUCGCUAUAACCUGCCGACCAUGUCCCAGGCGGCGUUCAUCAAGGCCUCUACCGACAAGGACAGUGGUCUGCCCAAGCCUGAUUCGACUGCCUGCCUGAGCGGAAUCCGGGAGAUCUCUCUUGGUUCCAAGGGCCAACUGCGAAGCCUGGAGCUUCUGCCGAUUACAAAGUCUGCUGCUGAUAAGCGCGGUACUGAGGAGACUGACUUGUUCGAGCUGUAUGUUAUGCACUCGCGUGGUGUUACCUGCCUGAACAUCAAGAAGGAGGAUCUGGGUUGGACUGAGGAUAACAAGGUCUCCCGUGCCAUUGAUGGCUUGGAGGCUGGUUCUAUUGAGAUUUCUGAUCUCCAGACCUUCCCUGCAUACGUCACCGAUGAACCCUCUGUUAAUGGUGAUGCUGCGUCGACCCCAUCCCGCUCUGCCAAGGAGGCGGCCGUCAAAAAGACGGAUGCCGUUGAGUCGACUGCUGGCGUGAUUCCUUCGCGCAACGCGUCGCCUACCAAGGCCGCUGGCAAGAAGAAGGUUGCGGAGGAGGUCGCCAAGGAUCAGGUUGAGGCUCCCAGCAGCGCGGAGAAGGCUGUUCCAAAGAAGAAGAAGAAAUCACCUGCCGUCACUUCUGAGACGAAUGUGAAGGCUAAGGAGCCCACUGCCAUAGUCGGCAUGGAACCUCUUCCCGCUUCCAAGGACAACGAUAUCCUUGCAACUUCGACUGCCGCCAUGACUGCAAUCGAUGCCGCUGAGCGUACGAUCCCGGCUGGAUCCCCCUCUGGCUGGUCCGGCGCGGUCAUCUCUGAUGAAGCCCUGAACAAGUACCUGGAGAGCCUUCAGAGCAGCGUCUCCAGCGAGCUCAAAAAGAGCCUUGGCCGUGAGUUUGAGUCGCUCUACCGUCGCUUCGAUGAUGAGCGCCGCAGCUGGGAUGCUGCGUCGUCCGCGAAGCAGGAUCAAGUGCUCCGCCUGGUUUCCAGCACGCUUUCCGACAACGUGGAGAAGAAUCUGGCUCGCAUCGUGUCGAACAGCAUCCAGACCGAGGUCGUCCCCGCCAUUGGUGAUGCCACCUCUGCCGCUGUCGGCAAGCAGAUUGGUGCAGCCCUCUCUCAGCAGCUUGGUGGUGCACUCAACGACGAGCUCCGCCAGGCCCUGCCUACGGCUGUCAACGCUGCCCUCCAGCAGCCCGCUGUGAUGAAGACCAUCUCGGACUCUGUGGUCCAGAAGUUGUCGCCACGCCUCGAUGCUGUUGUCCAGGGUGCUAUUGCGCCUCUGGUGGAGAAUGCGACUCGCAGCACUCAGAAGGUCGAGGCUGAUCUUGACCGGUUCUUCCGCUCGCAGAUGAAGCACUACGAGAUUCAGCGCCAGAGCGAUAAUGCCAAGAUCGACCAGCUGUCCGCUGCCCUGCAGGAGCUUACAGGCAAGGUUGCAACUCUGCUUGGACAGCAGGCACCUGCCCAGUCCUCGGGUGAUUCCGAGAUGAAUGCCAUUAUGAAGCUCUUUUUCGAAGAGGGUAAAUAUGAAGCAGCUACUCUGAAGUGGAUCGAAUCCAGUCGCCAGACUGAUCUUUUCGACUGCCUCUUCCUCCGUAUCGACCCAGAGUAUAUGCUCAACCUGAAUGUGAUGCUCAAUCUCUCGGUCGCUGUCGCUGUGACCGUCUCCUUGGACACCAAUAUCACCAAGCGCCUCAAGUGGCUGGAGACUGUUCUCACGAUGGUGGAUCCUGAAUCUCGCCAGAACGCUGGAAUGCGCAUGUCUCUCGUCAUGAACGAGGACCUCCGCCAAGUCGUUCCCAUCACCAUGAACAAGCUUGGUCAGCGCCUUCACGGCUUCUACAUCACCGCCACUCAGGAGCCCAACCAGCAGAACAAGCCGAGCCCCGCGCUUGUUGAAUGGGUCGUCCGGGUGAUGCAUUUCACCCGCAAGAUUCUCAACGACUACAGUGCGCCUGUUUAG